GCCCUAGUCUGCCAACAUGGCGAUCACUUUGUAUUCAAUGAUUGAGGCAGUAAUAUUGUGCUUGAAUGCUGUUUGUGUGCUCCACGAACAACGUUUUUUAGCUAAAGUUGGAUGGGGUAUAGAUCAGAGAGGGUUUGGUGAAGAACCUGGAGUCAAAACACAAAUAUUAAAUUUAAUUCGCUCAAUUCGAACUGUUGUUAGAUUUCCGUUAAUACCAAUAAAUUUAGUAGUGAUAUUAUUUAAGUUAUUACUUGGAUAGCAUUAGCUAUGGUGAAGAAGAAGUGAUCAUGAUGUUUUGAAGUGGUUGGAUAUGCAUGAAAUGAAAGAGUGUUUUAUUAGAAGACACCAUAUGAGUGUUUUAAUUCCGCUGAAUAAGCGUUUUGAUUGGUCAAGGACAUAUUCAUUCAACAAAACAAAGGGAUUGUAAAUUAAACUUUGUAUCAGGGACACUGACAACAUUUAUUUGCACCAUUCCAAUUUUCUGUGGUUUCUGCAAUUCCAUUGAAAACUAAGCAUUUCACAAAAGGUUCUAAAAAACCUAAGGGCCUCUGCAACAGUGCUUUAUAUUAUUGGAACCAUUGGAAAUUAGAAUGAUGAAAAUCAAUGCCAUGAGUGCAUAACUACUUGGAAUAACUGAAUUGUUAUACUUCUAUGCCAUUGUAUAUAAUAAAUUAAUAUUUUCCAUGUCAUUUUCAACAUAAUCUUAUACAUGUAUCUUAUCAAUUGAAUAAAAAUAUAUUUAUCUGCA